AUGGAGGAAGUAAGGGUAGCGAUAGUAGGAGCAGGGCCUUCUGGUCUUGCUACCUCAGCUUGUCUCAACAUUCAAUCGAUUUCCAAUGUCGUUCUCGAAAGAGAAGAUUGUUGUGCUUCUCUUUGGAAGAAACGAGCCUAUGAACGUUUGAGCCUUCACUUAGCAAAACAAUUCUGUUCUUUGCCCUACAAACAACAUUCUUCCAAAACGUCCACUUUCAUGUCCAAAGACACUUUCAUAUCCUAUGUUGAUUCUUAUGUAUCCGAGCUCAACAUCACCCCUCGUUAUUCUCGUUGUGUUGUGUCGGCACUGUUUGACGAAACGAAGAAGAAAUGGAGGAUCGAAGCAAAGAACGAGGCUUCUGGGGAGAUGGAGAGCUAUGCUUCGGACUAUCUUGUUGUUGCGAGUGGAAAGAAUAGUGAGCCUUUCAUUCCAAAGGUUCAAGGGUUGGAGAGUUUCAAAGGAGAAGUUAUUCACUCAAGUGACUACAAGUGCGGGGAGCCUUAUAGAGGUAAAGAUGUUUUAGUUGUUGGAUGUGGAAAUUCAGGUAUGGAGAUAAGCAAUGACCUUACAGACUAUGAAGCUCGUACAACAAUUGUUAUUAGAAGCCCCGUAAGCUAA